AUGGCCAAUGUAAAUGAAAAGUUUGAUGUCGUCGUUGUAGGAGCAGGCAUUUUUGGCUCAUGUACCGCAUAUCACUGCCAGAAGCUUGGAUUAAAGACACUUCUUCUGGAGAAAUACGAACUUGGCCACAUCAAUGGAAGUUCACAUGGUCUUUCGAGAAUCAUUCGCUACGCUCAUACUGAUUCUGCAUAUGUCCCGCUUGUCAACGACUCCUACGGUCAGAUUGAAGAGCUUGAGAAGAAAAUAGGAGAGAAUCUUUGGAGGCGAGCGGUUCAUAUAACUAUUUAUCUUACAAGAGAACCUUCUGGUAUGAAGAUAAAAGGCACUAUGAAGAUAAAAGGCUCAUAUCAAGGAACAUUUGGGCAACAAGUUAACGGAAUAGCAGUAAAGAGAAUAGAUGCAGUGAAGACACGAAUACUUUUUCAAUCGGAACCGGUUGGUUGGACCUCUUAG